AUGCAAGGAUUAGCUUUAGAUAUUAUAUCUCAAAAAGGUGCUGGGAAAAUACUUCAAGAAACUGUCAAUAACUUGGACUGUGCAAAUGCAACAAAGCAUAAAGACAUAACUAAUCAAAACAAGAUCGACACUGACACUCAUGACAAUAAAGAAAGAGAAGAUUUGGAAUUACCGCUAACUCCAAACGGAAUCAUCAAAAGUGCAAACUUGGCCGAUUUUAAUAUUAAAACACUGCAUAAAACAUUAAAACCUACAAAUGUGGUAGAAAAUAAUCAAAAAUAUAAUCAAGACAUCGAAAAUAUUGAAUACUCACCUAUACUCAAAAACAUUGAGACAGAAAAUAACAAGAGUGACCAAGAUGAACAAAUUGGUGAUAAAAAAAAUCCAUACCGAAAGGAUUAUAUUGAAAAUGAUACAGAUAAAGUUAUUAAAACGCAACAUGUUAAAGAUAGUGAAGAAAAUAUUCUUUAUCCAGAUUCUGAUAAAUAUAGUGAUAUACCAGAAAACACUGAAAAAGAAUUGAGUCGAAGGCAACAAUCCAAGGAAAGUGAGGAGAGUAUAGAAAAAAAUUUACCAAAAAAAUCAAACGUUAAUUAUAAAAGGGAUGAAGAUGAAGUUGUAGAAAGAAAACAUGACAGAGAUAAUGAAAGAAACGCUGUUAAUGAGGAACAUUAUGAUAAAUAUAGGGAUAUACCUCAAAAUACUGAAGAGGAAUCAAUAGAGAGUAAGGAAAACGAUGAACAAUAUUCAACAAGACCAACAAUUGAUGUACACCAUAAGGACGAAGAUUUAAGCACAGAAAACGAAUACAAUAGCAGAGAAAACAAAUUCAGUGAAGAAAGAAAAAGCUCAGCCGACAAGGAACUUCUUCCAAUUGAGACAAAAUCAAGCGAAGAUUCAGUAGAAGAUAAAAACCAAUAUUCAUCGGACAAGGAUUAUGUAAGCGAUUCACCCCUAAAAGAAAAUUUAAGCUCUCGAGAAGAUGAUUUGGUUGAUUUUAGUCACGAAAGCAUUGAAGUUAAUGAUCAAGUUAGAAAAGCUAAAGAUUUUAAUAAACAUAAUCAUAAUGAGCAUAUUAUAGCAAAUACCCAAAAUAAACCCAGCAAAUCGAAAGAACACUUGACUCCUACAGAUGAAAAUAAAAGUAAUCAACUUAACGACAAUUUUAAUGAUUAUGAAAAACAAGUCAAAAUUAAUGAUGGGGAAGUUAAACCAGUAAUAGAACUUAAUAACGAAGAUAGUGAUGAAGAAAGUGACGAAAAUCCGAAAGAUACUAUUAACGCGAAUUUAAGAGAUAACGUUGAAAAAAAAAUUAAUUCGGACAUCUCACUAGAAAUCGAAAAUCCCAAAGAAGAUAAAAUUAAUCUUAAACAACAAUUUGAAAGGAUACCUUUAGAUUAUAACCAUGCUCUCAAAAAAACAAAUACUAGUCAAAAUGAACAAGAUGGCUCUGAUGGUACUUUAGAUACCCUUUCUCCUAAAAAUGUCGAUUUCGAUGAAAAUUUAAAUAUAAAAUUUAGUGACGUAACUGUCAAACUACCUGAAAUAAAAUUACCAGAUGAUAUUUUAUCAUAUGCAAAAGAAGAACCCGCUUACGACAAUAAUAAGGAAAAAGAUAAAAAAAACUAUUUUUAUUACGAUGAUAGCGACGAACAAACAGAAGAAGAAUCUGACAAAGCUAAUAAUGAUAAUGACAAAAAAAAUAAUCGCGACGAUUUUUACAAACAAAGAUCAGAAAAACUACAAGAACUACCACCGAAACAAAAUAAUCCUAAAUUGUUUGAAAAAAUUCAAAACGUUUUGAAAAAGGCUAAUAAUAUCCAAAAAGAAGCCGAGAAAAGUGGUGAUCCAAAAGCUGGAUAUUUAUGGACAUUAGAAUAUGGAGAGAAUUUAUAA